CCUCACUUUCUUUUUAAGCGGAACAAGUAACAAUAGGUUUAAUAUCUGGUCGGAAGACUUAUGUGGAACACCGAAAUCACAUUGCUAUGAAACAUGCCUAAGUUUUACUGUGACUAUUGUGACACCUACCUUACACAUGACUCUCCAUCAGUGAGAAAGACCCACUGCAGUGGCCGUAAACACAAAGAAAAUGUGAAAGAUUACUACCAGAAAUGGAUGGAGGAGCAAGCUCAGAGCCUGAUAGAUAAAACAACGGCUGCAUUUCAGCAGGGAAAGAUUCCUCCAACGCCAUUUCCAGGAGGCCCUCCCCCAGUCGGUGGUCCUCCACGACCUGGCAUGCUACCAACACCCCCAAUGGGAGGCCCUCCCAUGAUGCCCAUGAUGGGUCCUCCUCCCCAUGGUAUGAUGCCUGGUGGUCCUGGAGGCAUGAGGCCACCGAUGGGAGGACCCAUGCAGAUGAUGCCCGGACCUCCACACAUGAUGCGUCAUCCUCGACCAAUGAUGAUGCCAGUCAGACCUGGCAUGAUGCGACCUGACAGAUAAGACUGGGCAGAUUAAUUUUUUUUUCCAACCCCCC